CCCCAUCCUGAGGAUGAUGGAGAGGGGAGGGCCCGGGGAGGGGGUGGGGAAGGUGGGAUGGGGUGUUAUGAGACAAUAGACGGGCCCGAUGAACCUCUAAUGAUAAAGGGAAAAAAAACACAGAGUGCAUGUAAUUUCUAUGACGUGUGAUGUUUGAGAGAGCCUCCGAUUUCUAUCACUCUGUCAUAAUAGGAUUGCUCCCUUUGUCGUUCUACUUCUGCUCAAAAGUCAUUCUGGUAUCUCCUGUGUCCGCAAGUUCCCAUACAAUGCCUGUCAUAUGACUCUCUAUCAAAGUAUCAUCGACGACGUCAUAGUUGGUUCACGGUCUCAGCACAGAGCAUCGCCCUUGAUCGCAUAGAAAUUGACAGUGAUAACGAAAACAUCGAUAUUUUGUGAAUUAUUUGUUGUGAAAACAAAUGGCUUGAAAUGGGAGCAUAGGCCCAUAAAUCGCAAGGGUGCCCGUAUUGGAACUGUACGUAUGAAACCAGUCUUGUUUGCGUUCUUGCCACAGCCAAGUAGACACCUGUAAGACAGUGAUAUUAGUUGGUCAAUGGAUGGCAAAUAGAAACUGAGCGAUACUACAUGGGUUGCAAUCGAUUUCUUUGAUAUAAGGAAUAGGAUACAUCUCAGCUGUGAGGGAAGUCUUUGGUAUUUUUUUUUAACUUUCAACGGAAACGUUCAAGAUGUGUACUAUCACCGGUAUUAAAGUGUUGCUCUUCAUCGAAAACUUCAUAUUUUGGCUGUUAGGAAGUAGUCUUCUGGGAUUAGCUGUGUAUAUCUUAGUGGCUGAAAGUGUACCUGGCAUAUUUCAGAUAUUUAAAGGAGCUACGACUCUGUGCUACGUUGCUAUUGGUGCCGGUGCAUUCCUGUUUUUCCUCGGUCUCGUCGGAUGUUGUGGAGCUGCAUAUCACAAUGACUGUCUCUUGAAAACGUAUAUUUUUGUGUUGAUCCUUUUGAUAUUGGCGGAGAUCGGAAUUGGGAUCUACAUUGGACUGGGCUUCGGUGAAGACCAAGUAAGAAGCAUAUGGAACGGCAUCGAUGAAGGCAGCAAAGAAAUUGUCUAUGCCACGUUCAAAUGUUGCGGAGUAGACGAUCAAGCAUGCGUUAUUGCAAAUCCUACUUAUGAGGUUGGCUGUAUUGGAAAGCUUCGGAGUGCUUUCAAAGAACUAAACAUUGUGACCAUUUGUGUGGCAGUUGCGGCAGCCCUGUUACAGAUACUUGCUAUCAUCAUGUCAUGCUUUCUCGCCUGCAACAGAAAGGAACACGUCGAAAACCAAGUCGUACCUUUGCAGCCACGUGGAGGAUAUCGGUAAAAUACGCAAUGGAACCAAAACAAUAAUAAAUAAUUAUUUAUGAAUUAACUAGUUGCGGAAAUUAAUACAAAUAAGAAAUAAUAAUUCGGGUAAUUUAUGCUUGGUAAGUGGAUAUUUUUUCGAAGUUCAAUGGUGAGAAAUAUCACAAAGUUAGAGUUUCAAGGUUAGUUGCAGUGAAUGAAAGGUUUGAAUAUUAAACAUGAAUAUGAAAGGGGAAACUUCUAUAUUCAAUGAUGGUGUGAAAAUGACCUUGAAGAUUGUGAAGCAAAGUUAAUAUUGCGAAAUCAUAAUAUCUACUAAGCAAAAAGUUUACAACUAAACAAUUGUAAUUUAGAAAUCAGUGAUGAAUGAUAUAUAUCACUUUAUGAAAAACUGUUUUAUUCCAAAAUAAUUGGUAUCAUUUUCACCAGGAGAUACUGUUUUAUACAAGAGAUCCAAAAUCAACUUGCGCCAUAUAUUGCCUCUUUCAUUAAUUUUUUUUUUAAUUCAUAAAAACACGAAGAGCAGUACCGUAAAAUGAUACCAAAUUGUUUGGGAUGAAGUUCAUGGGGAAGUUUUCUUUCAAAAUUAUGAUGUAUAAUUAUUUACAGUUCAUCUAAAGUAAUCGGCCAUUAAGAGUUACCUUUGUUUUAAACUCCGGCGCCCGAAAUGUUUGGUAUGCAGUCGAGAUUUUUAUUUUUUCGGAUUUGUGUAUAGUGAGUGAAUUAGCAGAACAUGUUUGUGCAAUCGUCUUUGUUUUUUUGUUCGAAUUUCAUAUUCUUAUUAUGAAAAGUCCCUUACAGAGGUAUGAAAUUGAAAAAGAUUCAGAUAGUUCUACUGCAAUUUUUUCGCAGGAUAUUCAACACAAGAACCCCGGAUUAUUAUUCAAAGUAUGAUUAUAAUAGCUAGUUGCUUGGUGUACCGUCAAACCGCUAUAUACACUCUUUCUACUUCACCAUGGAAACCUUCAGAAGUUUUGUGAUAUUUUUUCCGAGCAACAUACAUCAUCCUUAUUCUAUUUAAUAGGGUUUACAAUGAAAAUAUCGUGAAAGAGUGCUGGUUUUAAAUUAAUCAAUAAGCUCAUACAACAAGCUGGGCUUAUACCAAUUGCUUUAUAAAUAUAGAUUUAUUUUCUUGCUGCUCUCAGGGGCGAAUCCAGGAUUUUCCAAAAAAGGGUUCAGAAAAUUCUGACAAGCAACACACAAAAAAAGGUCUUCACUUUAUACGUAUGCCAAACAUUUAACUGAAAAUAUUUUCACGGCUCUCAAUGGCGGGGGGGGGGGGGAGCACGAGCCGGAUGAGCCCCUCCCACUCCACCCCCUCCACCUGCAUCCGCCACUGGCUGCACUGAUUUGAUGCUUAUAGCUGUGUGUUAAUGCAUUACUUUAAAAACAGAACCACAACAAAUAAAGAGUUUCAAUGGGUUAUAGAAUUUGUCGCAUUAUGCCGCCAAAUCUUAUUGGUCUUUUCUGUGCUUGUCAUGCAUGUAUAUUGCAGCUACUUGAUCAUGUUGAUGUUAUGCUUAUCAUUGGUUCUUUAUUACAUAUGAAAACUACCAAACUCAAUCCCCCCUCUCAUUUUUCUUUACAAUUUUAAUUGAAUUGUUAUAAUUAUAUUAUUCUAUGUAACUUUUCCGGCUGACAUUAUAUUUUGCAUUUAUACCUUAUCUUCGGUACUGUAUAUUGUAAAUGGCUGAACAAAUAUUAUUGGAGAUUUAUUUUUGACAAUCGUCGAGUUUAUUUGGGCGUGUGAAACGAUAGUAAACAAUAUAUUGUGUCCUCAAAUGGAAUAAUUUUGUGUACGCUCUUCUGUGUGAUAGCGAAUAUCGUGUAAAUAAUGUUGAUUUAUCAUGUUUAUAUGAAUGAUAAAAUAAAUUAUUGUAAAUUUGUUGAAAAUCUUAUUUGCGUAAGCCUACUUGAGUGUUUUAUAAUUAUACAUUAUGCAAGCGUGUGCUUUGAAAAAGCCCCUAAACAAACAGAUACAUUAAAUACACGUAUAUGCACAUUCAUGUGUAUAGGGCAGGAGAGGAGAUUAGCCAAUGACCAAACAAAAAUCGUUAUAAUUUUUAGAAAUUCACGUUUUCACUUUUGAUCCGUUUCUUUGAUCUAGGAUAUCAAGUAUAUGUAUUAAGACUAUAGCAAAUCUGAAAUUUUAAUAAUUUUACCUAUUAUUCGGUCCAAUUAGCACGGCAAUGUUGACUUUACAUAAGGCUGAUAAACACAACAAAUACAAGAUAUUUCUCGUUGUAACAUUCUUUUGAUGUCGCUGAGCUUUUUACUGUUUUCAUAAAAUUACAUUGAUAAAAAUACUUUGUAUAUUAUAUUUUCUGUUUGAAUAAUAAAAUCUGCAGUGUCUUUCUCAUGCUAAAA